AUGGCGCUCCACGCCGCCUCUCACCUCUCCUACUCCAUCUCUGCGUCUGCACUCAUCAGGAACAACCUCACCACAGACUCCUCAAUGAGUCCUGGCACGCGGCCAACACAGAGUAUCUCGGCCCGGGAUCUGAGUGAUGGGUGGGGUGCUCAGGGAGGGAGGCCGAAUCGAACCAGGGUGUCCCGCAAUGUGCCCAAGGAAUGUGUAAGACCGCUGAGCAAAGAAGGAGCCAGUGGCAGGGAGCAUAUGUCUCCAGGUUGUGGUGCCACACAGCGUUAUACUCUCCCUCCACGGGACGUCCAGGCCUGUGGGCAGAGCGGCCUGGAGAGUGAAGAGGGCGUCCAGGCAGAAACCUGGCCCCGGGUCAAUCUUCUCACCCCCCUGCAUGUUUGA